UCAGAUAAGGGUAACGGUAGAUAAUUAGUCGUGCCGGCCGCAGACCGAAGUGAUCCUCGUGGCUCUCGUGGCAGAUGCGCCAAUAUAUAUAAAACUGGAGAGAAGAGCAGAGAAGAAACCCUCGUUUUUGAAAUAUCUCUCUGGAGGACUGAUUUCCUCAAAGUCGGAACUCCACGAUUCUCUCCAGCGAGGUUGGACCUGUAUAAUUUAAGCUCAACAAGAUGGGAGGAGGAUUUAGGGUGCUUCAUCUUGUCAGGCCAUUUCUCUCGUUCCUGCCAGAAGUUCAGAAUGCUGACCGGAAAAUCCCAUUUAGAGAGAAGGUUAUAUACACUGUGAUCUCUCUCUUUAUCUUUCUGGUAUGCAGUCAGCUACCACUGUAUGGAAUACACUCUACAACAGGUGCUGAUCCAUUCUAUUGGAUGCGUGUUAUUCUUGCCUCAAGCCGUGGAACUGUGAUGGAGUUGGGGAUCACCCCAAUUGUGACUUCUGGACUGGUGAUGCAACUCUUGGCUGGGUCAAAGAUUAUUGAAGUGGACAACAAUGUGCGCGAGGAUCGUGCUCUCUUGAAUGGUGCACAAAAGCUACUGGGCAUCCUGAUAGCUGUUGGUGAAGCUGUUGCAUAUGUUCUCUCAGGAAUGUAUGGCAGUGUUAACCAACUUGGAGUUGGAAAUGCCAUCCUUAUUAUUGUUCAACUCUGCUUUGCUGGUAUCAUUGUGAUAUGUUUAGAUGAACUUCUGCAGAAAGGAUAUGGGCUUGGCUCUGGAAUUUCUCUUUUCAUAGCAACUAAUAUCUGUGAAAACAUCAUCUGGAAGGCUUUUAGCCCCACCACUAUUAAUAGUGGUCGUGGAGCUGAAUUUGAAGGUGCUGUUAUUGCUCUCUUCCAUCUGCUAAUAACUCGCACAGAUAAGGUUCGUGCUCUACGGGAGGCUUUCUAUCGGCAGAACCUUCCAAAUGUGACAAAUUUGCUUGCAACGGUCUUGAUCUUCCUUAUUGUUAUCUACUUCCAAGGAUUCCGGGUGGUUUUGCCUGUGCGGUCAAAGAAUGCUCGUGGACAGCAGGGUUCAUAUCCUAUCAAGCUGUUCUACACCUCCAACAUGCCCAUCAUUCUACAGUCUGCUCUUGUUACCAACCUAUACUUUAUAUCCCAGUUGCUGUACAGGAGGUACAGUGGAAAUUUCCUUGUAAAUCUCUUGGGCAAGUGGAAGGAAUCUGAAUAUUCAGGCGGUCAAUACAUCCCUGUUGGUGGUCUUGCUUAUUAUAUAACCGCACCAUCAAGCUUGGCCGAUAUGGCAGCCAAUCCUUUUCAUGCUCUCUUCUAUCUAAUCUUUAUGUUGGCUGCCUGUGCACUUUUCUCAAAGACUUGGAUUGAAGUAUCUGGAUCCUCUGCUAGAGAUGUGGCUAAGCAGCUCAAGGAGCAACAAAUGGUGAUGCCUGGGCACCGGGAGGCUAACUUGCAGAAAGAACUCAAUCGCUACAUACCCACUGCAGCAGCCUUCGGGGGUAUGUGUAUCGGUGCACUGACAGUGUUGGCUGAUUUUAUGGGGGCAAUUGGCUCGGGCACAGGAAUUCUUCUUGCAGUUACCAUAAUUUAUCAGUACUUUGAAACAUUUGAGAAGGAGAGAGCUAGCGAGCUCGGCUUCUUUGGAUUCUAAGUUAUUACAAUUUUUGCCUAAGCAAUGACAUUUUUGAUAGGUAAAAACAUAAAUAUAUAUUAUAUAUAAAGAACAAAGGUGCUCAAAGGCCAA